AAGCCCCGGCCACUUUCCCUUUCGCUCUGCGGCCGCUGUCCGCCAGCCCGCUGCGUCCUCGGACCCUCGGCUGCAGCCGCCCGGGCUGAGGCGCCUGCGGAUCCCCCUGCACCAUGCUGGACCCGUCUUCCAGCGAAGAGGAGUCGGACGAGGGGCUGGAAGAAGAGAGCCGCGAUGCGCCGGGGGCGGCCGGCGGCUCCCAGCGAGCAACCCCGGCCGCGGCUCGGGAAGGGCGGCGGGACGCGCCGGGGCGCUCGGGCGGCAGCAGCGGCGCCACCAGACCCGGGAGCCCCAGCCCCUCGGGGCUCAGCGAGGGGCGAGACGAGCCCGAGCGGCAGCUGGACGAGGAGCAGGAGCGCAGGAUCCGCCUGCAGCUCUACGUCUUCGUCGUGCGCUGCAUCGCGUACCCCUUCAAUGCCAAGCAGCCCACGGACAUGGCUCGGCGGCAGCAGAAGCUUAACAAACAACAGUUGCAAUUACUGAAAGAACGGUUCCAGGCCUUCCUUAAUGGGGACACCCAGAUUGUAGCUGAUGAAGCAUUUUGCAAUGCAGUUCGGAGUUACUAUGAGGUUUUUCUGAAGAGUGAUCGAGUGGCCAGAAUGGUGCAAAGCGGAGGAUGCUCUGCCAGUGACUUCAGGGAAGUGUUUAAGAAGAACAUAGAGAAGCGUGUACGCAGCUUGCCAGAAAUUGAUGGCUUGAGCAAAGAAACAGUGCUGAGCUCCUGGAUAGCCAAGUACGAUGCCAUUUACAGGGGGGACGAGGACUUGGGCAAACAGCCCAACAGAAUGACGCUAAGUGCUGUGUCCGAACUUAUUCUGAGCAAAGAACAACUGUAUGAAAUGUUUCAGCAGAUUCUGGGUAUUAAAAAACUAGAACACCAGCUGCUCUAUAACGCAUGUCAGCUGGAUAAUGCAGAUGAACAAGCAGCCCAGAUCAGAAGGGAGCUUGAUGGUCGGCUACAACUGGCAGAGAAAAUGGCAAAGGAAAGAAGAUUCCCCAAAUUCAUAGCAAAAGAAAUGGAGAGUAUGUACAUAGAAGAGUUGAGGUCUUCAGUGAAUUUGUUAAUGGCCAAUUUGGAAAGUCUCCCAGUCUCGAAAGGUGGUCCAGAAUUUAAAUUACAAAAAUUAAAACGUUCACAGAACUCUGCAUUUUUGGACCUGGGAGAUGAGAGUGACAUCCAGCUGUCCAAGUCAGAUGUGGUGCUGUCCUUCACCCUGGAGAUUGUCAUCAUGGAAGUUCAAGGCUUGAAGUCAGUUGCUCCCAAUAGAAUUGUUUACUGCACGAUGGAGGUGGAAGGAGGACAGAAGCUGCAGACAGACCAGGCGGAAGCCUCAAGGCCUCAAUGGGGAACUCAAGGAGACUUCACUACCACCCACCCUCGGCCUGUGGUCAAAGUAAAGCUCUUCACAGAAAGCACUGGGGUGCUGGCCUUGGAGGACAAGGAGCUGGGAAAGGUGAUAUUAUAUCCAACUUCUAAUAGCUCUAAGUCAGCUGAAUUACACCGAAUGAUAGUUCCAAAAAACAGUCAGGACUCUGACUUAAAAAUCAAACUGGCAGUGCGUAUGGAUAAACCGCCACAUAUGAAGCAUAGUGGGUAUCUGUAUGCUGUAGGACAGAAGGUCUGGAAAAGAUGGAAAAAACGUUACUUUGUUCUUGUUCAGGUUAGUCAGUACACUUUUGCUAUGUGCAGUUAUAGAGAAAAAAAAUCUGAACCACAAGAAUUAAUGCAGCUUGAGGGAUACACUGUGGAUUAUACAGAUCCCCACCCAGAUGCAGACCGCCUUCAGAAACAUGGUAUGGAUGAGUUUACUUCUGCCAACCCUUGCAAGCUCGACCACGCCUUCCUUUUCAGAAUACUCCAGAGGCAGACUUUGGAUCACAGACUGAAUGAUUCCUAUUCUUGUUUGGGAUGGUUUAGCCCAGGCCAAGUCUUUGUGUUAGAUGAGUACUGUGCCCGCUAUGGUGUGAGAGGCUGUCACCGACAUCUGUGCUACCUUACAGAGCUGAUGGAACAUUCAGAAAACGGCGCUGUCAUUGACCCGACCCUACUUCAUUACAGCUUUGCGUUCUGUGCAUCUCACGUGCACGGCAACAGGCCUGAUGGAAUCGGAACUGUUUCAAUGGAAGAAAAAGAGAGGUUUGAGGAGAUAAAAGAGAGAUUGUCUUCCCUUUUAGAAAAUCAGAUAAGCCAUUUCAGAUACUGUUUUCCCUUUGGACGACCUGAAGGUGCUCUAAAAGCUACACUUUCAUUACUUGAAAGGGUUUUAAUGAAAGAUAUUGCCACUCCCAUACCAGCAGAAGAGGUGAAGAAAGUGGUCAGAAAAUGCCUCGAAAAAGCUGCCUUGAUCAAUUACACUAGACUCACAGAAUAUGCCAAAAUAGAAGGCCCAGCAGAAAAGGAAACAGAGACCAUGAACCUGGCAACUCCUGCCAGGAAGCUGGAAGAGGUUCUUCAUCUAGCAGAGCUCUGCAUAGAAGUCCUACAGCAGAAUGAAGAGCAUCACGCAGAGGGAAGAGAGGCGUUUGCCUGGUGGCCAGAUUUAUUGGCUGAGCAUGCAGAGAAAUUUUGGGCUUUAUUCACAGUAGAUAUGGAUACUGCACUGGAGGCUCAACCACAAGACUCCUGGGAUAGUUUCCCUCUUUUCCAGCUGCUUAAUAAUUUCCUGAGAAAUGACGCACUUUUGUGUAAUGGAAAAUUUCACAAACACUUGCAAGAGAUCUUUGUGCCCUUGGUUAUCCGCUACGUGGAUCUCAUGGAGUCUUCCAUCGCCCAGUCAGUUCACAGAGGUUUUGAGCAAGAGACAUGGCAGCCUGUCAACAAUGGCUCAGCAACAUCAGAAGAUCUUUUCUGGAAACUUGAUGCCCUGCAAAUGUUUGUCUGUGACCUUCAUUGGCCAGAACAAGAAUUCGCUCAUCACCUAGAACAAAGGCUUAAGCUAAUGGCCAGUGAUAUGAUAGAAGCCUGUGUCAAAAGAACAAGAGCUGCAUUUGAACUCAAGCUGCAGAAAGCAAGCAAAACAACUGACUUGCGCAUUCCUGCGUCCAUGUGCACGAUGUUUAAUGUGCUAGUUGAUGCCAAAAAGCAAAGCACUAAACUCUGUGCCCUGGAUGGAGGACAGGAGUUGGGUUGUCAAUGGCAACAGUACCAUUCAAAAAUAGAUGAUUUGAUUGACAACAAUGUAAAAGAAAUCAUUUCGCUGCUAGUUUCAAAGUUUGUUUCAGUGUUGGAAGGGGUAUUGUCCAAGCUGUCAAGGUAUGAUGAAGGAUCCUUCUUUUCGUCCAUUCUGUCAUUCACUGUGAAAGCAGCAGCAAAGUAUGUUGAUGUUCCUAAGCCUGGAAUGGAUCUGGCAGACACCUAUAUUAUGUUUGUUCGGCAAAACCAGGAUAUUCUUCGAGACAAGGUCAAUGAGGAAAUGUAUAUAGAAAAGCUGUUCGAUCAAUGGUACAGCAAUUCCAUGAAAGUCAUUUGCGUGUGGUUGGCUGAUAGAUUAGACCUCCAGCUUCAUAUUUACCAACUGAAGACUCUCAUCAAGAUUGUGAAGAAAACUUAUAGGGACUUUCGGUUGCAGGGUGUAUUGGAAGGAACGCUGAACAGUAAGACCUAUGACACUCUGCACAGACGCCUCACAGUGGAAGAGGCCACUGCCUCAGUUUCUGAAGGAGGAGGGCUUCAGGGCAUCACGAUGAAAGACAGUGAUGAAGAAGAAGAGGCCUGAUGUCGCACAGUGCUGGCAAGAAAGGAGGACAUCCACACUGGCUUUUGUACUUUGUCCUUGUAAUUAUAUUUGUCUUGACCAAAUAAAAAUGCUUGUAUUUCUUUAAGAAAUAAUUUGAAGUUAGAGUUAAAAGCAGAAAAUGCCAAGUAUUGUUUUAGAAGAUCAUUGAGUUUUGUGUAGCCUGACCUAAGAUGAGCUUUGACUCUGUGAUUGGAACAUGAAUUUUUUUCUUUUUAAAGCAAAUCUGACCUUUUCCCCCCAUGUAAUCACAUCAAAGCAAUGUCCUGUGUGUACAGUGAAAUAUGUAUUUUCCAUACUAUCACAUUGUGAGAAGAAGUCACUUUUGAUCACUGUGCCAACCCUCUUGUACCUUUGUCAAAAUGGCGUGUACCUUACAGUUUAUAAUUUAUGUGCCAGGCUGGUUUUGUAGCUACUUCACCAGUGUUGUGAUGUGCAUUAAAACUUGAACCUUGGUUUUUAUGACCCUGAAAUUGUCCGCAGGUGUAAUCCUGGGCUUACGGGACUACUAGACCCAAAAAUAGACUAGAUUAUCCUGUGGGCUUGUGUCUUGUUCCAAUCUGAGCAUUUAAGUGUAAGAACUUCCAAGACGUGCUUUCAGCAACGUACAUACUCCUACUUCUAAGAGCUUGCUGGCAGUGAAUGCACUUGGUCGUCACAACCUCUGUAUUUAUUAGACUUGUAUAGAUUAAAUGCAGUAAAAGAUGUUUGCAAUACUUCA